AUGAUUGACACUUCGUUAGAAGGUGCACUGCCAGUGGCCUUCGAGAAAGCACUUAACGAGCUUCGCGUCGUCCCGCCCUCAAAUGUCGACGUGGUGCUGGUAAUCGCGUACUUCCGGUCCGGGUCUUCGCUUGUUGGCGAGCUCCUGUCGUCGGGACCCAGGACGUUCUUCCACUUCGAGCCACUGCACAUCUUCACCAGAGCUGACAGAAUUCGUCGAGGCCGGGAGCGGCACGCGUUCCAACUUGUCGACGAGCUCGUCCGGUGCCGCAUGCAGAACGUACCGCUCUACACCGCCUGGCUUGAGAGAACGCAGUCCUACGUGCACAACACGUUUUUAGUCAAGGUAGCAACCUGGAUCAAGCGGAACACGGGCAUCGCCCAUAACGUAAGAGUAGUGCACGUAGUCCGAGAUCCGCGCGGGAUCUACGCUUCGCGCAGGGCACUCGACUGGUGUGCUAAUAACGAAGAGUGUGGAAGCCCUGAAGUCCUGUGCAGCCACAUGCGCCAAGACAUCGAGGACUUCAGGAAGCUCACUGCCAAGCUCUCGUCCAGUCGAACAGUCACGGUCCGUUUUGAAGAUUUAGUCGGCGACCCCUACAAGGAAGCUAAGCGGCUCUAUUCCCACCUCGGACUCAAGUAUGGACAUUCGGUGGCCUUGUACCUACAGAAGCACACAGUGGCGACCAAAGCAGACAUGCAAAACCCAUAUUCCACGAGAAGAAACGCGAGCACUGUCAUUGACAGCUGGAAAGGCAACCUGUCUGCAAAGAUAAUUGGCAAAAUAGAGAGCGUGUGUGGAGACGUGAUGCGAAAGCUCGGUUAUGAACCACUGCAGUCGGGUGUUACCAGUGGUACUCAGGACCUAACUGAACAAGCGACACUGCCUAAAUAA